AUGACAGAAGAAAUUUUAAGUCAAUAUUUUCCUAAAUAAAACAGUGGAGCUGCUAUAUUAAAAGACAUACUUCGAGAUGGUCUAGAAUAAGCAUUCAUUGGUAAAUUUAAGAAUGACAAUGAUUAAAUAAAUAUUUCAGAAUUUAAAUUAAGACAUCAUUUCGAUAAAAAAGAUAAUGAUUAAUUUCUUGAAUAAAUUAAAAAGAAACUCAAACUUAAUAAUCAGAAAGCUGAGAUGAGAUGUGUAAACAUUAUUCAAAAUAUCAGAGUUGAAACUGAUUUAAAUUACAAUCCUAAAUAUUUCCAAGAAAAUACAUUCUUUGUGAAUUAAAAUUUGGAUGCUAUAAAAUAGAAAAUAAUUGAAAAGAAUAUUGAAGAAAGAAAUAAAAAGGCAUAAGAAUUUAAAUCUAUGCAAAAAGCUCUAAACAUUUGGUUUUAAUAAUCAUAAUAAUAAAAAAAUGAAGAUGCAAACAAAUAAUAGCAAUAAACAAAUAAAAAAUAAAUGAAUUCUUCAUCUCUUAUUACUGUCAAACAACAUCUAACUGAAGGAAUUUAAGUUUCUGGAGUCAUUACAACUAAAUAAGGAUAUAAAUUGACAUAUCCUAAUUUAACAUAUAUUAUUAAAGCCACUGAUAUUCCAGAAAGAGAAUCUUAAUGCUCUUUUAUUAAGAAAAUCAGACCAUUAAAAUAAAUAGAUUUUGAUUAUCUUGAUGAUUUGAGAAGAUAUGUCUGGAAAUACAAGCAAUAUAUUUAAUUUUUCAAAAUCCUACUUAAAGUAUCAUAAGGAAAUAUAGAAAUUUCAGAAACCCUUGUAAAAAUUUAAUAAAGAAUGAAAACAGGAUUUUAUCAUGUUAUGACCUUCUACCACAUCUCAAAUAGAAGUUGGUCUAUUUGUAAAAUAAUCAAGGAUUUAAAUAAAAAGGGACUAUAUCAAAGAGAAAGGUAGAAUCUUUAUGAUGUAUUAAAUCAAUAUAUGACAAUAGACAAUUUUAUAAAAUAUUUAAGAAGAUCUUGGGGAAAUUUUCAAUCCUUUUUUGUUUUAAUCAGAUUAUGUUCCAAUAGAAGAACAAUUCAUUUCAUUUGAAUAAUAUAAAAAAAGACUUCAAGAAGUUAUUGUAAUGAGAGAAAAUGGAGCUUGA